AUGAUAAUAUUCUUGAUUAUAUAAAUUUCAAAAUAAUUGAUUGUAGAUGACACCAAGAUAUAUAGAUACAGUCAUUAAUUACAAAUAUCAUUACCUACUGCAAUUAAUGCUGAAUUGAUACCAACCAAUGAAUAAUGUUAGAUGUAUAAACCAAUCAUCCAAAAUAACCUUGAUUAACUAAAAAUCAUAGAAGACAAUGUGAUCAAGUAAAUCUUUUUAAAAUAAUGGAAGUAUAGAUUUCAUGGAUGAGACUCAAUUCUAUUUUCAUUAGUUCAUAGCAAUUAUUAAAAAGAAUGAUACUCAAUUUUUGAUCAUAAGUGACAACCUUAAAUUAUACUAUAUUGAUGCUUAUAAACGUAAAACCAUUGAUAUUAUCAACUUGUCUGAUUAUUUAUCCAAAGAUUUUGAUGUUUCCUUUUUUAAAGACAAAUUCAACAAUAUUUUUAUACAUCAAUAAGACUCUAUCUUAUUGAUAUCAAAUAGGUCUAUUAUACCAUACUUUCUUAUCAAUAGAGGAUAAAGAUAUUAAACAAUUUAUCAUCUUAACAAUUACAUUAUAACUGCUGUUGGUUCAUAUGGUUUUGACAUCUAUGAAAUCCUAUAUAAUUAUCCAAACCAAGAAAUUUCAAUUAAAUUUCAUUCUAAUACUGUUCAUUUACAUUUACAUCCAAUAGGAAUUUGUUAUAAUAAGAUAUAACCUAACUAAUUGUUUAUUUUAGAUUAGAAACUAGGUUUAAUUGUAGCUGAAAUGAAUGAAAAAGGAUCUAUAAGUUUAGACUCUCAACAUCCUUUAGAUUUCAUUAAUCCUGACAAGAUUUAAUCAACUAACAAAUUUAUUUAUAUUUCAUCUAAUGUUUAGUUGAAUAAAUAUGACAUUCUCACUUACAAAUUAAUCAGUAUAUAAAAAUUGAAAAAUAUACAGAAAUUAUAAACAAGUGAAAAUCAGGAUGAAAUUGUGGUUCUAGGAUUCAAUAAACAUUAUAUUGAAGAUAUGGAAUGGAAAUUUAUUGGAUUACAUGAUCUCAUCUUGAAUGAUAAUAAACUUAUAGCAGUUACUGGUACUAACUUUUAUAUAGGCAAUAUCAUUAAAUUACCAUUUCGAAUUUUAUGUUCUCAUGUUCAAAAUAGUGAAUAAUAAUAAUUCACUUUAUUUUAUAAUACUACAUAUGAAUAACAUGUUCAAUAACUAAUUGUUUAAAGAAUCGAUAUUGAUUAAUAUAAUCCAAUCAUCUAAUUAUUACUGAGUUUUUGUUUCGUUUUGAUAAUUCUACUACUUUUUGGUAUUUAUGAUAUUUAUAAUUAAAGUGUGUCUUUAUAUAAAUAAACUUAGAUCGAUACAUUUGUAGCAUGAGAGAAUCAGAAAAAAGCUUGAAAACUAAUAACAUACAAGAAUAACAAUGAAUAGUUAGAUGUAUUGA